AUGAUCACGUUGGCUGCUGUCUUAUCUGCCUUGGCAGUCUUUUUUCUUAGAUUGCCAGAAUCAGAAUCAAAAGUGGUAGUUUUGCUGUCUGUUCCUCACACAGCAAAUGUUCGAACCCACACCAAUGUAGGACGAGCUCUGGCAGCUUUAGGACACCAGCCGUAUGUCCUGAUUCCACAGUUUAUGUUGCAAGAAAAGCUGGUCAACGUUGAGGGAAUUAAUGUCAUUGCCUAUGGGGAUUAUUUAGGAAAUUAUGAAGAAAUGCUUACAAGUAAAAUAGUUGGAUCUUUUUGGCAAGGAGGUAUUCAGUUGUACACACUUCUAUCAGAGUUUUCAGGAAUUCUUCAAGAGACUGCGAGACUUAUUUUAUCUGACCGAGAUCUCCGGGAGAAAUUAGCAGCAAUUAAGCCUGAUUUGUUUGUUCUGUCGCAUUUGCCUCCGUUCAAGAACAUUGUAAUUCUUCCAUAUAUUUUUAAUGCUUCGUUUGUACUGCUGAGCCCUUUCAAUGAUCUCCUCGGAUAUAGAGUCCCAGUUAGUCUAACUGCGACCCCUUGUCAAGCCAUUGGCACCAUCAGUCAUGAUAGUUUCCUAGAUCGGCUGAAGAUUGCUGCCUGCAACACAGGGCUCAUGAUUUUAGGGCUCAUCAGUGGAAAUGACAGUAUGGUUGUGGAGUUUGCCCCUCACAGACCACCGAUAUCUGUCAACAAGCUGGCACUUCAGGCCGAAAUUUACCUUGUGGAGGGCGAUCAUAUUUUGGAUUUUGCAAAGCCGGAGCUUCCUAACAUAAAGUUGAUCGGCUGCACAGCGCCAACCGCAGGACAACCUCUGAAAGAUCCGUUUAAGAGCUUUGUUGAAGGGUCCAAACGUGGGGUGGCUGUGGUGACAUUUGGGAGCAGUGUUGUGAAGAUUCCAUCGAAAGUUGCGAAGCUGAUGGUCGAAGCCUUUGAGCAACAAGAGCUCGAUGUUGUGUGGAGGGUAAACUAUACCUCUGUGAAUCCUGGCAAGAUCUUCGCAUCUCAGUGGAUUCCUCAGAAUGAUAUCCUAGCUCAUCCAAACACCCGCCUGUUUGUAUCUCACUGUGGUGCUAACGGACAGUACGAAGCGUUGUAUCAUGGAGUUCCCAUGCUUUGCUUGCCGUUAUUUGGGGAUCAGAUGUACAAUGCACAGAGGUCAACCGCCAGAGGAUUCGGCUUACACGCAAACAUCCUCGAAUUAUCAGCCUCCAAUUUGGCAGAUCUGAUGAAAGAAGUUUCUGGAAAUACAACAUACCGUAGCAGCAUUAAAAAAGCUUCCAUUUUGUUUCGGCUGCUAUACAAAGAACCACACAAAAUGGCUGCAUUUUGGAUUGAUCAUGUGAUAGAAUAUGGAGGUGCCUACAUGCGAUCUGCUGGUCAGAAUAUGCCCUUAUAUCAAUUCUUUGCUCUUGAUGUGUUAGCCGUUGUCUUCCUUGUUAUAGUUAUGCAAAUUUUCUGUCUGCAUUGCAUCUGCUGCCGUCUGCGGAGAAAAUGUUGUGGAAAACAAACUGGCACAAAGAAAGAUAAAAAAGACUAA